GGAUUAUUUCCAUGUGAGGUGUUGUGCACAUAUCCUAAAUUUAAUUGUGCAAGAUGGGUUAAAAGAAAUUAAUGAGGCUGUUGUUAAGGUGAGAGAAACUGUGAAGUAUUGUAAAGGGUCUCAGGCUAGAAAGCAACGUUUUUUGACUUGUGUGGCACAUGUUGAACUAGACUCAAGUAAAGGAUUGAGACAAGAUGUCCCUACUAGAUGGAAUUCAACUUAUUUGAUGUUAGAGAAUGUUUUGUACUACCAAAAAGCUUUUCUUCAUUUUCAAAAGGUUGAUGCCAAUUACAUUCAUUGUCCAACAAAUGAGGAGUAGGGGAGAAUAGAGAAGUUAUUUAGAUUUUUGAAGGUCUUUUUUUAUGUGACAAAUGUUUUUUCGGGUACUAAUUAUCCUACCGCUAAUGUAUACUUCCCAAAUGUGUUGAAAAUCCGUUUACUCUUGAAAGAGGAGCUUGAAAAUUCUGAUAACUUCAUGCAUAAGAUGGCAGCAAGAAUGAAUGAGAAAUUUGCUAAAUAUUGGACCAACUUUAGCAUAAUCAUGGUUGUGGCUGUUGUUUUAGACCCUCGAUUUAAGUAUGAGUUUGUGGAGUGGGCUUUUAAGAAGGUGUAUGGGGAAAUAGAGGGUACUAAUGAGUUGGUGAAGUUCAAGGAAAGGUUGGAUUAUUUAUAUGGUGCUUAUGUGACUGAGGCUUCCACAACAACACCACGAACAAGGCGCCGUUCUUCUAGACAGCCUAAUGAAGAGCAAGUUGAUGUUGCUUCUGAUUCUUUUAUGAUGGACUUUGAUAACUUCUCUUCUAGCAAAUCAUAUGUUGCUGCUAAAUCUGACUUGCAAAUCUACUUGGAAGAGCCAUUGAUUCCUCGUGCAACCAACAUUAAUAUUCUAUAUCAUUGGAAAACAAAUGUUGUGAGGUAUCCAAUUCUUUCAAAGAUGGCAAGGGACAUCCUUGCAAUCCCUAUUUCAACAGUAGCUUCAGAAUCUGCCUUCAGUACUGGUGGUCGAGUUUUGGACUGCUAUAGAAGCUCUUUGAAACCAAACACAGCAGAAGCUAUCAUUUGCCUCAAAGGUUGGACUUUUGGUGAAGGUAUGAAAAUAGUUUAUGUAUUUAAAAUUACAAUUUUUUUUGUUUCUUUUUUGUACUAUUUUAUUUAUGCUUAAGGCUGAAAUUAACUUUUGUAUGUAUUCUUUUGGUUGUAGCUAAUAUGGAUCCGCAAUUGCAAGAUUUAUGUGGAAAAAUCAUGGCCAUGAAAGUCAACGAUGAUGUGGGGGAUACUCCCAGCCCCAGCCCUCCACAAAGUGCACCAGAAAGUCCUGCUGUCAUGGAGAGUCAAACCUAAUUAUGUUGUUAAUUUCUUCUAAAAUUAGUUGAUGAAACUGUUACUGUUAUUUUGGACAUGUAUUUGGUUUUCUAGUUGAACUUUUAUUUGCCUACUUGGAAGUAUUUUGGACAUGUAACUCUUGGAAAUAUUUUGGACUUGUUGGCUAGCUACUUUUCAAGUUUUAGUUGUUGUUGUGAGUGUAUGAAACUAUGAAGUAUGGACAAUGCACUAAUGCAGCAGGAUUUUCUUGAAUUAUGUUGUUAAGUUAUGUUUGCUUGAA